UAAAAAAUGAUUGUUCCUUUCUUAUCUAUCUAUAUUUUUUAGAAAGGAGAAGCUAAUGCCCAUCGAGUUUUGAUUUUUUGGAUCGGUCUGGAGUUGUAUAUACUCUCGUCUAUGUACGGGAUUAAUUUCUGGCCUUUAGUCAGAAUCUAUUUACCGGCCAAGUCCGGUCUAGUCUCUUGCUCUAACGAAAACAGUCUCUUUUUCAUGCAUCCGUCGAUGUUUCCGACUAUCUUCAAGAUCCGUUUCGAUCUCUCCAAUCUGUUCGAGAAGUCAUAUCUUCGUAACUUCCUUUUGCUCGUGAUGUUAGAGCAAAGAUUAGGCCACAUCAAUUUGGGUGUGGUCAGUAGUGGAGCUUCCUCGGGAGUUGGUGUUUUUCGGUGAAUUUUGAAGUAGUUUUCCUCUUAAUCGAUCCGUAUCGCCCAAUGGCUGAUUGGUGGCGGUUCAUCGGAAUCUAGCGGUGGCCGGCGAACAGGCAGUGGUUUCGCGUGGCGUGUAGAAAACACGUAUCAGCCACUAAAUCAUCUGCGUGUUUAUUAAUUAUCUUUUUAAGUGUGAUUUAAUUGGGUUUGGACUGUUCUUUUAAUGUAAUCCUUACUGAACCUUUUGCGUAAUUGCCCUUUUGUGCUUCAUCAAAAUAAUAUAAUGGCCGACAAAACAAAAGCAAAAUCGUUUCACGUAGUCAUGGAAGCUAUAACGGACGGUUCUGCA